AUGGCAGAACUUAGCUACGAAGCAUACACCGUUGGGAUCGUGUGCGCUCUGGAAUUUGAGAUGAGCGCCGUCCGCUACAUGCUGGACAAGGAACAUUCCCGUUUACCCAGAAAGCCGGGCGACUCGACUCUAUAUAUCCUAGGAGAGCUCAGCGGCCACAAUGUGAUCCUCGCUAGCCUUCCAGGAAGCCAGGGGAAGAGCGCGGCAGCCGUGGUUGCGAAGGACAUGGCGCGUACGUUUCCAUCGAUCGAGCUACGCUUGAUGGUCGGGAUCGGGGGAGGCGUUCCAAGCGCAAAGAAUGAUAUCCGCUUGGGGGACGUUGUUGUCAGUAUGCCUGAUGGCCAGCACGGCGGUGUGGUCCAAUACGACUUGGGUAAGAGCACGGAUGAAGGCAUCGUCCUGAAAGGAUAUCUCUGGCCGCCAUCCGAGAUUCUGAGAAGUGCUGUGGAUAUCAUGCGGUCUGAUCAGCGGGUUUCGCAGAGCAAGAUUCCCGAGUUCAUGUCAGCUAUGUUUGAGAAAAGCGAGAAUCUUCGAGAUGCGUAUCAGCGACCUACGGAGCUAGAUGAGCUUUUCAAGUCGGACUAUCGUCAUGUUUCUCACCAAGCAACCUGUCAGCGCUGUGACAAUAAAGAACUGGUCUCUCGUCGGACCCGGAAGCCGAUUCCCAAGAUUCAUUAUGGACUCAUUGCUUCUGGAGAUCAAGUCAUAAGGAGCGCAUCGAAUGCAGCAGAAGUGGAUGGGAGGGUGAUGGGGGAUAUCUUGUGCUUUGAGAUGGAAGCGGCAGGCAUCGCGACGGGGUACUCGUGUAUCGCCAUCCGGGGCAUCUCCGACUAUGCAGACUCUCACAAGAACGACGCAUGGCAGCAUUAUGCUGCGGCUGCGGCUGCAGGGUGCGCCAAGGAGCUCCUUUCAUACGUGGAUCCGUCGCAGCCUUCUGCCACGACAGAGGCUCAUGGCCGGUAUAGGUCUGAGUUGUCAACUGGCAGCUCUCUACCUACGCAGUCCAUAUUUCGCGGUCAAGGGGUGCAAAAUUCGGGGUCUGGCAAUGUCUCUGUAGGAAAGGAUUUGAACAUCGGCAGAAGGUGA